UUUGCUCACACCAAUCUCUCAUUCACGAGAAAACAGAGUUUACCCUAACAGGACAACAAGAAACAGAGUAAAAAACAGAACAGAGGUGAUCUGAAAACACAACACAUACCCAAUGGCAAGAAAAUCAAGCAUAGCAUCUCUAGCAGCAAUUCUGAUUGCUGCUUUGAUUCAGAGCUCCGUGGCUCAGACAACACAUGUCGUUGGUAAUAACUCAGGCUGGACCAUUCCUAAUGGCGGUGCUGCAUUUUACUCUACCUGGGCUGCUGGCCAAGUCUUUUCUGUUAAUGACAUUCUUGUGUUUAACUUUGCGGCCAACCAACAUGAUGUUUCUAAGGUAACCAAAGCGGAUUAUGAUGCUUGCACCACUGCAAAUCCUAUUUUGGUGGAAACUACAAGCCCUGCUAGAAUCACCAUUAAUGAGACUGGAGUGCAUUAUUUCAUCUGUAAUUUUACCGGCCACUGCUCUGCUGGUCAAAAGUUGAUGAUCAAUGUUAGUGCUGCUUCUUCUGCUCCAGCUCCUCAACCUUCUUCUUCUUCUCCAACUCCCGUCUCUGCCCCAUCACCUUCCCCUGUUUCUACAUCACCACCUUCACCGGCACCAUCGGCGACUGGAGUUAAUUACACAGUUGGAGACAGUCAGGGAUGGAAUCUUCUUUCUAAUGCUGCUGCUUUUUACCAAAAUUGGGCUUCUGGCAAGGACUUCAUGGCUGGUGAUAUCUUGGUUUUCAACUAUAACAAUGGAGCACAUGAUGUGGCUGAGGUGACAAAGGAAAAUUAUGAAUCAUGCAAUACUGCUAACCCAAUCUCUCGUAGUUUCACCCCACCAACAACCAUCACUCUCACCGCCGGUGAGCAUUUCUACGUUUGUACCAUCCCUGGCCACUGCAAUGCUGGACAAAAGCUAGCCGUCAAUGUCAGCAGCAGCGGCACCGGCACUCCACCAUCAUCCACCACUCCAACCAACCCAUCUUCCCCCUCUCCAACUACUGCUCCUCCUCCACCAGACAGCUCUGCUAGAUCUCUCAGCGUCGCGGGUCUCUCCGCCACUUUCCUAUCGAUUGUUGUAGCUUUCUUGUAUUAGAUUGUGAUGAGAGAAUUCAAUUAAUUAAAUUAACGUGAGAGUGUGAUUCAUUUUUAUGUAAUAUUGUCAUAGUCAUACAGAUUGAGUUCUUACAAUUUGAGCAUUCAAUAAAGCUGUUUUUCACUUUUCAGCUUAUAA